GCGUCUUUCUCUUCUCUUUCAAUCCUCCUCCUCCUCCUCCUCCUACUUCAUCCUCCUUCUCCGGCGGCUGCCCGGUCCGCCUCCCGGGAGUCACUGGAAAUCAUCAUCGGGGGUGGUACCAAGAAUCCGGACCCGAAUCCAAAAUAUCCAACUCCAGCGCCGGAGUAUCCACCGCCAACACCGAAGUAUCCACCACCAGCACCGAAGUGUCCGGCGCCGCCAGAGUUCGAGAAUGAGCGGCUGAGAAAGUCGUAUUUCGUGAUACAGAGGCUGAAGAAGAAAAUCACCGGCGGGAGGAUGGACGUGGUGAAGACAUGGGACGGGAAGGACGUGUGCCGGUACAAAGGGUUCCGAUGCGACCCUCUUCUGGUGGAGAAAGAGAGGGCUGUUUCUGCAGUGAUGUUUAAUGGCUUCAAAUUUGAAGGUCCAGAGCUCUGUCUUGAAGGAUUCAUGGACGAAUUGGACGAUAUCGCUGUGUUUCACGCCAAUUCCAAUUUCUUCCUCGGCCCAAUUCCAAAGAAAAUCAAUCGCCAACGAUUCUUCUAUGAAAUGGAUCUCAGCAACAACAAGCUUCCAGGCGGGUUUCCGAACAACGUUCUAGGAGCUUCACUGUUGACAUUCCUAGACCUCCGAUUCAACAAUUACUGCGGCCCUAUUCCAAAGCAACUCUUCAACUUAGAUAUAAUUAGUGCGAUUUACAUAAACAACAACCAAUUCAGCUCAGCUCUGCCCAGCAAUCUCGGCAAAACUCCGGCCAGAUACCUGACCUUUGCUAACAACCAGUUCACCGGCCAAAUUCCGAGAAGCAUAGGCGACGCCAAGAAGACAAUGGAAGAAAUCGUGUUCUUCAACAACAAAUUGGACGGGUACUUGCCGUGCGAGAUCGGUAACUUGGAGAAUGCUGUGCUGUUUGACGCCGGAAAGAAUCGGCUCACCGGUCCGAUUCCGCUGUCGUUUGCUUGCUUGGCUAAGGCGGAGCUGUUGUACUUGGCGGACAACCAGUUGUACGGUCCAGUGCCGGAGGAGAUCUGUAAAUUGCCUAAACUCGGCAACUUCACAUUGAGGAAUAAUUUCUUCACUAAGGUGGGACCUAUGUGCAAACAAUUGAUAAAGAAAAAGAUUUUAGACGUUUCGAACAACUGCAUUCCCGGGCUUCCAAAUCAGAAAUGCAAAGAAGACUGUGAAGAGUUUGCCUGUAGACCUAAAUACCGUGGGAACGACAAGUCGUUCACGUACAUUCCUUGCAAAAAUAAUUACUAUCUUCAUUCACACGUUUCGAAGCCCAAUGAUAAUGUAAACUAUGUGUCGCCCAAGAGAACCUAUGCUGCUCUUGCUCCCGACCCACAAUAGUUUUAAUUAAUUUAAUAAAUAAACUUUUAAUUGUAUUAAGGGGAAAAAAAAUGUUAUAUGCCCUUUUAAUUGUAAUAUUAUAAGGUUGGUGUUUUUUUUUAA